AAGUGAAUUUACGUCAGAAAUUCGAAACAAAACCUCCAAGCAUGGCCACCGUCCGCUGAUAAUUCCAAUAUGCGGACAUCACCUGAAAGCACCACAGACCUCGUGUCCGCUUGUAUGCGUACGAGCGUCUGCGCGUGUGCGCGCGCGCUCUGUUUGCGAGGCGGAGUUGCGUGCGAAGAGCUCGACAUGUCAUUCAGAGGAAUCCGCCACCUGAAAGGCGAGGAAGUGCAGGCGACUCAAUUGGCUAUAAAGCAUCAGGCAACAUCUGCAACGGCGAGCGCGACAAAGCUCAUGAAAACAUCCGCUCGGAGCUCUUCGAUUGAUUUGAUUUUCCCGUGGAUUUAUCACUUGCCACUCUUGAGUGGGUGCACACCUCCGAGACGCAUCUCGCUCUCUCUUUUAAAAAAAAAAAACAAAAUUUUUUUUUUUUUUUGCGCUUAAUGUGACUCCACUGCAACAUUAUACUGGACUUAACUGACCACCACAGCGUGUUCGGCGCACCUGUUACCUCCACGGAGCGCAAGAUCAUGAUCCCUCCUGGAGACUGCAUGUACGCGGGCAGGAAGCGGAGGAAGCCCGUCCAAAAGCAGAAGCCGUCGUCUGUUAAUGAGAAAACGAACCCGUCCAAGCGGCACCGGGACAGGCUGAAUGCCGAGCUGGACCGGCUGGCCAGCCUGCUGCCGUUCCCGCCGGACGUCAUCUCCAAACUGGACAAACUGUCUGUGCUGCGCCUUGCAGUUUCCUACCUCCGCGUCAAGAGUUUCUUCCAAGCAAAUCAAGACAAGGCGCCAAGGAAGCACAUCAACGCUCCAUCCUCCAACCUCGAACCCGGCAGGAAAGAGAGUGUCCCAGUGGGCACGGGGGUCAACGAAAGCGGCCUGCUCUUGGAGUCCCUGACAGGAUUUGCCUUGGUGGUGAGCAGCGACGGGAUGGUCUUUUAUGCCUCUUCAACCAUUGUGGACUAUCUGGGAUUCCAUCAGACUGAUGUGAUGCACCAGAAUGUGUUCGAUUACAUCCACAUAGAUGACCGCCAGGAGUUCAGAAGCCAGCUACACUGGGCCAUGUGCCCUCCACAACACCAGGGGCCAUCAGCACAUCAGGACGCCCAGCUCGCUGCAGGGACUGGUGACGAGUUUGUGGUGAGCAGUCUGUUCCACUCUCCAGAGGCGGGGGGCAUUCCUCCUGAGCUCUCCUGCUUUCUCAACAGAUGUUUCAUAGCGAGGGUCCGAUGUCUCUUGGACAGCACAUCUGGAUUCUUGACAAUGCAGUUUCAGGGUCGGCUGAAGUUUCUCCAAGGACAGAAAAAGAAGUCUGCCUCCGGGGCUCCGCUUCCUCCCCAGCUGGCUCUCUUCUGCAUAGCUGUACCCCUUUUACUGCCCUCCAUUACCGAGAUGAAAAUGAAGAACAUGUUAAUGCGAGGAAAGAACAAGAGCGGAGGAGGGAUUAACUCGGCACUGGAGCAUGGAGAACGAGGCGAACACCUCCGAAGGCACUCCUUCAGUGGAGGAAUGGGCGACGUAGCAGACCCUCUCCUCCUCUCCUGUCCAACCCCUGGGGUCGCUCAGAGGGGCCACCACACUCCCUGGACCCCACUCACCAAAGAUAACCUCAAGUUCCGCCCUGACGGCUACUACAACCAGGAAGAGCCCCUCAAUUUCUGCAAGUCGUCAAUGUCUUCCCAUAAGGGCCUCGGUCCCGGCUUGGGGAGCGGUUGGCCUCUGCGGCCAAACUCGGGGCCCCUCAGAACGGGCCAGGGUGUUGGCUACAUCCCGACGAACCGCUCAAACAAGGCCGGCCAAUACGGGAAGCCGUACCGCCUUUCCCCUAGCUGCCACAGCGGCAGGAACGGGGAGGUGUUCGUCUCCAAGCUCUACGGGAGCCUGCAGAUUCCCGCAGACCCGGACGCCUACUGCGUGGAUUUAGUGAAGAGUGAGAACGGCUACGGCGAAUGCUACGACGGCCACCUGAUGCCGCCCAUCAAAGUAGAGCACGACUCUGACUCGGAGAACGGCUGCGAUCCUUUCGGGCGACCCUGGGUGCAUCGGGAUCCGGACGCUAUUGACCGUCGCUUUGGUAACGGGGUAUACGACCAGAACUCUGGCGUCCAGCUCAAAUCUGAGACGGAUUACUACGAUCUGCAGUACUCGCCUUGUCAACGGGGCAAAGCGGGAAUCAGUCCACCGUACAACAGUGGCAACUAUCAGAACUAUGCAGUGAACAACAGUGGGCGUUUGUUAAAAUACGACAAAGACACGGGCAAUAACAAUAACAACGACAACAGUCAGUUCAGCCCUCAGAGACUCUCUCACUCCCAAUGCAGUAAUCAAUCGGUCAACCUCAUCGACUCUCACGUGUACCAACAGGAGCCUCAAAAGCCAUACAUGCACCAGGACUUCAACAAGGACGGCACUUACGAGUUCAAAGGUCACGGGCUGAUCCAUUCCAUCAAACGGGAGCCCAUGGACUCCCCGCCGUGGUCCGAGGGCGGCCAUGACAUGAGCCAGCCCAUGAUGGUUGGUCCAAGGAACAUUAUGCCAUGUGUGAGCACAGGGCACCACAAAUCUAGCCCUUACAUUUAUAUGCCCUAGAAAAGAAAAGUGAGUUGCCCGUCAUUUGCUGUCAUUGACAACACACACACGCACACACACACACAAAAUGUAGUGUAGUUUCCCGCUGUCCUACACAUUUACCAGCAUAAAAUGCAGAAGGUCAACAUUCGUCCGUUUGACGAAGUGGUGACAAGCGAGGCUCAGGUUCUAGUGUUAGUGUUAUGACAAUCAAAAACAAGAGGUGGAAUCACAUUUAUGAAUAGUUGAUUUUGUCCUUUGUAGACCCGAGCACUUUUGGAUUGAGUGACAAUGAGUCAAAUAAUGUCCAGCCACACCAUUUAUUUCAUGUGUUGUGCACACCUUUCGCUGUGAUGUUGUUAAACAAUUUGAACUUGGUACACAGCGAUUCACCUCUGCCACUUGGUUGCUUCAUGGGAGAUCAGUCUUCUGUUUUUAUGUUUGAAUGUGCUUGAAGAUCUUUGUACCUUAGUGGUAGUUUUGCAUGUUUCAGCACUUUAACUACAAUUUGCCCACAAAUGAACACUGGGAUUGUUUCUAUGCAUUAUAGCAGCAAAAUACAUCAGAUUGCAAAGACAUGACGUUAAUACACAUUGGAUCAUUUAAGAAUAGGUCAAAAAUAUACCGUGGCGCCUAAAGGUCAAACACAACCACUUCUAAGAUGCUGGUCAACUGGCUUAAAUUUAGAUCAUCUUCCAAUAGAAAAGAGCAGGAAAUGUAAUUGACGAAUUCCAGUGUCAGACUAUAGCCAUCAUUAAAUUUUACAAAAAUUCGCACAAGAUGUCGGCAUACCUCGCAUGAUGGAGCAUUUAUUCGAAUCCAGUUUAAGCUCCCAGUACUAGUACGCUCUUUGUCUUCACUAGUAAGACAAUUCAGUGUAGUAACAUCUUUGCACUACUAGUGCAACUUUUGGCCUACUGGUAUACAAUUAAACCUUAUUAGUAAACUACUGGCGGCACGGUGGCCGACUGGUUAGAGCGUCAGCCUCACAGUUCUGAGGACCUGGGUUCAAUCCCCGGCCCCGCCUGUGUGGAGUUUGCAUGUUCUCCCCGUGCCUGCGUGGGUUUUCUCCGGGCACUCCGGUUUCCUCCCGCAUCCCAAAAACAUGCAUUAAUUGGAGACUCUAAAUUGCCCGUAGGCAUGACUGUGAGUGCGAAUGGUUGUUUGUUUCUAUGUGCCCUGCGAUUGGCUGGCAACCAGUUCAGGGUGUACCCCGCCUCCUGCCCGAUGACAGCUGGGAUUGGCUCCAGCAUGCCCGCGACCCUAGUGAGGAGAAGCGCCUCAGAAAAUGGAUGGAUGGAUAGUAAACUACUGUGCUGCACUAGUAACACUGCGAGACCCAACUAGUAGGCAUGUGUCAUGUGCACGAUCAGCCUCCUGGACCCUACUAGUAUCAGCAAAAUAUCCACUUGACUUUGAACAGAUCAUUUCUAUUUGCAUUAUUGGAGAAAGUAGAAAAACUGUACAGAAACCUGACAGUAUUGAGUAUAUGCAAUUUGCAGUUAAUUGACCAAAACAUGUAAAACUGGUGAUUCUGUUGCAGCUUUAAGUAUUAUUCACUACACUUUGUUAACAGACAAAAGAGUUUGUUUCUGUCAAAUUGGCAGGAUGGGAGUACAUGAGGAAAACCACAAACACAAAAGUGUAACAUGUUAAAGGUGCCUAUGUCUAAGUGGCACCAUUUCAAAGGCAUAAAAGAUGCAUGGAUUUAAAAGUUAGAAUAAACACCAUUAACACACAAUGGCUGAUGUGAGUGUCAAACAAGUUGACAAAGGGUUAAACAAGCACAUUAUCAAUGGAAGGGUUAUUUUUGUCAACUCGUUAGUUUAAACUGAAGGAGAAGACCGUCUGUUGUUGACUUUAUUAGUCUUCUGUCAAAGUGCACAAUAGCAUCUUGAACUUAAAUGAUAUUAUUGUCGAAUAUUUUAAUGUCACGUUAUGUUGUACAGUUUAGUGUUCACUAUAAGAUCAGCAUUUCUUUGCAGAUAUGACACUUUUUUUUUUGUUAACGUGGUUCAGUCAGAAAACAGACUUCACAAUCUGUGUUUUUGCACAACUAAAUGAAAAGCACCAAAUUAAUUCAAUCUCACAGGCUGAGUUCUGUGAUGCUACUGUGGUAGUUUCAAAAAUUGCACUACUGUGAGUAGUUCAGUUGAAGUUGUUUUUUUUUUUUUUUUAAUUAGUCAACACACACGUGUACAUUGUGUCAUUGUAUUGAAUUUGUCUUUUGCUCAAUGUGUGUGCUCAUUUCAAUAACUGUUUGAUGAUUCAUAUUUAUUGUUAGGCAAAAGUGUAUAAUUUAAAAGCUGCAGUUUGAAGGCUUUUUUCCUUGUCUAAGGUAAAUCCAUGUGGCAUUUUCUUGCUACCAUUUUGAUAACUGUAAAAAAAAAAAAAAAAACUGCCCUACUUGUGUCAUUAAAUAGGUAGCUGCAAAGUAGUGAACACAGUGUAAAUAUGCAGUGUCUUCCAAUGUUUCUACGUGUUUUUGCAAAUGAGACUUAUCUAUUAAAAGACUAUUCUUUA